AUGUCGCCUAACGAGGAACCAAGCCUCGACGCCUUGGAUGCGGUGGACUACGAUCCGAUUGAACACUUGAAUGCCGUUUUCUCCCACCCAUCCACCCUCUCCUCCGUUUCUCAGAUCUCCGACGCCCUGCACGAAUGCGAAGAUGAGCUAGACGAUAACAUCGGCAAGCUGGUGGAAGAGCAGGUUACCUCCAAUGCCGACAGCGUGGAACGAAUCCAGGCAGCUAAGGCUGACCUGUCAGAGCUAUUCAAGAAGAUUGAUGACGUGCGGGAGCGCGCGAUGAAGACGGAGCAGGCUAUCACCGACAUGACAGCCGACAUCAAGCAACUCGAUAACGCAAAGAAGAAUCUCACUCUGUCGAUGACGGCACUCAAGCGGUUGCAGAUGCUGACUACCGCGUACGACCAGCUCCAAGCCCUCAGUCGAACGCGGCAGUACGGAGACUGUGCACAGCUGCUCCAGGCUGUCAUUCAGCUCAUGGCCCAUUUCAAGUCAUACCGAUCGAUUGACCAGAUUGCUAUGCUCAGCCGGAACGUCGCGGACAUACAACGAGAUUUGCAGGAGCAGGUCUGCGAGGACUUUGAGCUGGCUUUCGCCAAGGGGGAGGUUGGCGCGAGACGCGCGACGCUCGCGGAGGCGUGUCUGGUCGCAGACGCUCUGGGCGAACACGCACGGUCCCGAUUGGUGACUUGGUAUUGUAAUACACAGCUCCGCGAAUACCGGCAGGUGUUCCGGAAUAAUGAGGAGGCAGGGUCCUUGGACAACAUCUCCCGCCGGUAUUCCUGGUUCCGGCGGAUAUUGAAGAUAUAUGACGAGGAGAAUGCGGCUAUCUUCCCGCCUUCGUGGAGGGUAAAUGAGAUCUUGGCCAAUGUCUUCUGUGAAGGGACAAGAGAAGAUUUCAAAGGCAUAUUAUCCCGGUCCGUCCGCAGCGGACAGGCAAUUGAUGUCAAGUUGCUACUUUCCUGCUUGCAGGAGACACUUGACUUUGAGCAUUCUCUUGAGCGCCGCUUCGCCCCUUCGUCGCGGACGUCUGUCGAUACAUUUGCCUCUGCCGAACCGCCUGUAUUCAGCCAGUCGAUCUCCGAGGCUUUCGAGCCAUAUCUUAGUGUCUGGGUCGAUGCGCAGGACAAGCAGCUAGCUGGCUUGCUACCGAAGUACCGCCAACAACCACUCAAAGUACCAGAUGAGGAAUUCAACUCUCACAGCGUGAUCUCAUCUUCGACCGAGCUCUUCACUUUCUAUCGACACGCUUUGCAGCAAUGUGCCAAGCUCUCAACCGGGGGCAGUCUCGUGGAGCUGGCCAAGGUAUUCGCCAAAUACCUGGAUCAAUAUGCCCAGCAAGUUCUUCUCAAUUAUAUAAGUGAACGACAGACAGCCCACACGCCGUCCAGGGUGCCAUCCGUGGAGGAUUACAUCUCCGUUUUGAACACUGCCGAUUACUGCUACACGACUUGCACUCAAUUGGAAGAGAAGAUUAGGAGUCGGCUGGAUGAGAACUUGAAGCAGUCUGUGGAUCUGCAAAGUCAAGCAGACUCUUUCAUGGGCAUUGCAUCGGCUGCUGUGCGCGGCCUUGUGCGUCAAGUCGAAGUCGUCCUCGAACCUUCCUGGCGCGAGAUGCGCAACACGCCCUGGGCUAGAAUGGAGGCUGUCAGUGACCAGAGCUCGUACGUGGGCGAGAUGCUUUCUUUGACGAAAGACAAGGCAUCUGAGAUUCUACAAUAUUUGCACAAGCAGCAAUAUGCGCGCGCCUUCUCCGACCACUUGGUAGAGCAUAUUUCAAGCCAAUACAUCGCCAACGUCUUCCAAUGCAGGCCUCUUUCCGAAACUGGCGCAGAACAGAUGCUUCUGGAUUCCUAUACUCUCAAGAGCGGACUUACGUCCCUGUUGCCUGCUCCAGCGCCAGCCGGCUUCGUAAAACGUGUGAACAGCAGCUUCUUCAAAAUCGAAACUCUCCUCAAAACCCUCCAAGUCCGGCCGUCACCCCCGGAAGCUCUUGUACAAGCAUAUCUCAUUCACAUUGCCGACCGCAACAACAACAACUUCCGCAAAAUCCUCGAUCUCAAAGGCAUCCGCAGCCGCCAAGAGCAAAAUCACCUCGUGGAGCUAUUCCAGCUCCACCGUGCCUCAGACCGCUAUGCCUCAAGCCUGCAGCAAAGCAACCCCAUUCUUGCAUCCCUCCAAGGACCAACCGCCACAGCAACCGGCUCCGUCUCCCAGGGUCUCGGUCUAGGCGGUGCCGCCGCCGUCAUGCCCUCACGAUUCGACGCCUCCAUGCUCGGAUCUGCCAUCAUGUCCGCCGCCAAAGACGGCGUCGACCGCUUCGGGAACCCCAGUCUCGGCAACCUGGGCACUACCGGGGCAGCUAUGUCUACUUCUGGUCUGACCAGCCCAUCGGAGAUCAUGUCCCCGCCCCUGACCAGCUCUACCCCACAGCCUCAGCAUGCGCACACGCCGUCCGAAAGCACUACGGGGAAUCUCAAUGAGAACCUGAAGAACAUUGGCAAAUUCUUCCGUCGUGAUCUCGGCGGGUUUGGAGGCCGGUUUGGACGGAGUGCUGAGGAUGGGACAUAG